AUGUCUGGUAUUUACUCUGGUCUCCAGGCUAGAAUUAAAGAAGUUUCUCCAUUGGCUGACUUUGUACCAUGUUCAGCCCAUUCCCUCAAUUUAGUAGGGUCAUGUGCAGCAAGUUGCUUAAAAUCUACAUUGAAAAAUCUUUCCGAAACAAGAUGGUCCGCUCGGGAAGAUGCAUGUAAAGCUAUAAACCAAAAUUGGGAUAGUGUUAAACAAAGUCUAUGCGACAUAUCAGAAAAUAUAAAUGAAAAAUCUAUCACUCAAAAUGAAGCUCGUGGUUUACUUAGAUUAAUGAACCGUUUUGAAGUUACAUUUAUGUCACUAUUUUGGGGUGAUUUACUACAACGAUUUAAUGUGUUUGGAUUUAAAGUAAACACAUAUUUAGUGAUUUGUGAUUCUAUAAUAAAAGAAUUAACAAGUCGAAAGUUAGCUUACGAUAAUGUCAUAACAAAGUAUAGUUUUUUUUUAAGACUCACAAAGAUAAAACCAUCAGAAGUACGUGUUUCAGCUGAACAUUUGUACUCAAUGUAUACAAAAGAUUUGGAUGUAACAUUUAUUAACGAAUGUGUUCAUUUUCAAAGUUAUAUUCAAAGUAUGAAAAAUUCUCCAUCAACUAUAAUUGAUAUGAGUUCUAUGUUAAAAAUAGAAGGUUUAGAAGACAUUUACCCGUAUGUGAGUAUUGCUUUACACAUGUUUUUAUGUACUCCCUGUUCAAACUGUACCGCUGAACGGUCAUUUUCAACUUUACGCCGAAUAAAAACAUACCUAAGGUCAACAAUUUCUAAAGAGAGAUUAAACUCACUUGCAAUAUUAAAUAUUGAAUCAGAAAUAACAAAACAAAUUAAAUAUGAGGAUAUUAUAGAUCAUUUUGCUGAUAUUCAAUCAAGAAAAAAAUUGUAA